CCAACUGACAUUUGCACAGAGAAAGCGUUGCCAUAUUUGUGCUAAAACUAAUAUAAUAUAACUGAUGUUUUUCCCUCCCAGCGCACACAAUUCGCCGAAAAACAACAAUUAUCCGCAUGAUCCAGAGACUGAAGUACUCUGGGAUUGGGAUCGCAUGCAAGGCGGUGCAGUUGGCAAGCAACCAAAGACCGAGAGCGCGCCUCUACAUACCAAAAACACAAAUACCGCCAAAGAUGAUAGCAUCAUAUCGAAUUGUUGCUGUUGGUGUUUAGUUAUUCUGACAAUUCUUACCGCAUGUUUGUUGUUUAUUUGUUUAUUUAUCUUACACCAUAUCAAAUAGGUCUAUAUAUUUGUGUAUUUUUCAAGUAUUGCUAGUGCCUUUUCGCGCAUUGCCAAAAAGUUGUUGUAGGUGAUAAUUGUUGGUAAUGAAGAGGCGGCCAAAAUUAUUAUAUACAUAUACUUAUUAAUAUAAUAAAGAGUGGAAAAUGUCAGAUGGUGCCAAAAGUCCACGCAUUACUUCAAUUAUCGAAAAUCAGUUGUUCCGGCGGCAGCGGAGCAUUAGACAAAAGCAGUCCAUAGAUGUACCUGAUUUCGAGAAGACUUAUGCCGUAAUAAUAUUCUCAGAGAAGGCCAAGUUGCGCCACUGCCAAGAUGUGGAAAAGAUAAUACAAGAGUUUAAAGUUCUUACAACACUCGAGGUCGUAAGUAAGACAGAAAAAUACCUUUAUUUGUCGGCCAGUACAGAGACUUUGCUGCGCUUCGCCGAUGAAGCCGAAUUGAGUAAACUAACCAUCACCGGCAGUAUGCAAAAAUUCAAUUGUGAUUGUAUAUCCGAUUAUCUGUUGCCUGGUAUGACGCCGGCAGACAUUGUGCGCGAAUGCGAGGGUCCUGUGCUCAUUAAGGAUAUGGUCAAACCGGCAAUUAUGUCAUAUAUUCGUAAUGGCAUAAUUGAAGAUUUCUUUCCACUGCACAACAUUGAAUAUUUAGAUAGAUUCGCAUUUGAUUGGAGACGUCGUCAGUUCCCUAUUGAAGAUAUAUGCAACUAUUUUGGGUCAAGCAUUGGCCUCUAUUUCGGCUUUACUGAGUUCUACACAAAGGCGCUGAUAUUUCCGGCAAUUUUCGGUAUGCUGCAAUAUGUGUGGAAUGUGAAUUUGUCAUUGGUUUGCAGUUUCUAUGUGCUAUGGACUACGAUAUUUCUUGAACUGUGGAAGCGCAAGUGUUCCGGUUAUUCCUAUCGUUGGGGUAAUAUCGAGAUGAGUAGUCUUGACAAACCGCGCUCUGCCUAUCACGGUGUCCUUAAACAAGAUCCAAUAACAGGCAAAAUGAUGUUGCAAUAUCCAAUGCGAUACACUUAUCUGCAAAUGUAUUGUGUCUCUUACCCUGUGGUGCUCAUGUGCGUAGCUGCUGCUGCUUACUUUGCCUUAUAUCAGUUUCAGAUUGAAGCGGAAGUCUUGGCAGAUUUUGGCGCUGACUCGUGGCUACUCUACAUCCCUGUGAUCGUACAAUCAAUACUCAUUGCCAUUUUCUCUUGGGCCUACGAGAAAUUAGCUACAUUUUUGACUGACCAAGAGAAUCAUCGUACACGUUCUCAGUACGAUCGCCAUCGUGUGAAUAAAUUAAUGCUUUUUGAAAUCGUCAACAAUUUUUUCUCAUUAUUCUAUAUUGCAUUUGUGCUGCAAGAUUUGAAGCAACUGAAAUACCAGUUGAUGAUGCAGUUGCUUAUCUUCCAGAUUGUUUGCAUUGCUCAAGAAAUUGGUAUUCCUCUCUUAGCGGUAUUGCGGCAGAAAUUCGUAAAAUAUUUGCAUAAAGAAAUCGAUGAGGAAGUAAAGAAUAAUGUAACGGAUUUGGCGCGUUAUGAGCAAUGUUUCUACGAAGCUGGUCUCGAUCAGUAUCAAUCGACCUAUGAGGACUAUCUGCAAAUGUGUAUACAAUUUGGUUAUGUGGUUUUGUUUGCUGCUGUAGCACCAUUCGCUGCAUUCGGCGCUUUAAUAAAUAACGUUUUUGCGAUGCAUAUUGAUUUGUUUAAGUUAUGCAAUAUAUUCAAGCGACCUUUUGGACGACGUGCUAAGAAUAUUAGCGCUUGGCAGUCCGCAUUUGAAUUGCUGUCUGUGAUGGCGAUAUUGAGCAAUUGUGGUCUGCUAUAUUUGCAACCAAAUGUGAAAGGGUUUUUCUCUAAACUAUUUCCUCAAAUGCCGGAUAUUACCUUUAUACUUUUUGAACAUUUGCUGUUGGGUUUAAAAUUCGUUAUACACAAAGUGAUACAUGAGCGGCCGCGUUGGGUGCGCAUAGCAUUACUGAAGGCGGACUACGAAUCGGACGAAGCAUACAAAAAGUUGAAAAAAUUUAAGGCGCUUAAGAAAAUCGACUGAAGUUACGAAAAAUAAAAUACAAGGAAUCUCUCGACAGCGGCGAAACUCUGAAAGCUUGAUAUUUUGUAUUUCUGUAAAUUGUGUUGUUGUUGUUUCCACGAUACUUGGGUCUACAAACGCUACCAGAAGGACUUGUAUGCAUAUCCUGCUAAAAGUAAUUAAUUUAAUGACAUUACUCAAACGUUUUUUGGGAGUGUGUUAUGUUCUUCGAAAAAAAAUACCAAAAACAACAACGAUAUAACCAUUUCAGUUCUAGUUAAAAAAGUGAUUUUUUUUUAUUCAAAUAAUUUAUUUUAUGCAUUUUUUUACAGCGUAUAACUCCAUCCAUUAAAUAUAAAAUUUGUUUUUAUUUACUUUACAUUUACUUUUAUAAAAUUUUUAAAAUACAAAAAUAUCAAAUAAUAACAUUAAUGUUUAAAGUAGUGCAUAACUACACGUAUGUGCCUCAAGUGUGAUACACACAAAUGUAAUUUUUUGAUUGUAAUAUACAAAUCUUAACAUCUGAAUACAAAAAUGU